UCCCAUUCAACAUACAUGCAUACAACUCUCUAACUAUACGAAAUUAAUAUGUUAGAUGAACAGUUAUCUAGACAAAGCCUUCCUCGUUUAAUUUCUAGACCAAAAGACUUCUCGUUCUUCUACACAUAAUGCCUUCCAACUUCGCAGCGUGGCUUCCUGCUAAAUGCGUGAAGCCGUUACAGAUUGACCCAGCCCCUUACACACCACCUGGAGCAGGCGAGAUCGUGGUUAAAAAGAGAGCCGUGGCCAUCAAUCCCGUUGACUGGGGUAAACAAGAGGCGGGGAAUAUAAUCUUAGGUUAUAUUAAUUAUCCCUUCAUUCAGGGUGGCGAUGUAGCUGGAGAUGUUGUAGAAGUCGGCUCUGAUGUGAAUCGCUUUCGUGUUGGAGAUCGAGUUAUUGGACAAGCCGUAGGGGCGGCUUCUUCGUCAAACAAUCCUGUAGAAGGUGCCUUUCAGCAUUACACGGUUAUUCGCGAGCACCUUGCUACCGUUAUUCCGGCCUGGAUGUCUUACGAACAGGCGUGUGUAUUACCGUUGGCGCUGCUAACAGCCGCCUACGGUCUUUUCGACCCUGGCUUUCUAGCACUCGACCCGCCUACCGUUCCUCCCCCGUCACCUAAUUCUAUUCAGAAGGCAAUUGUCAUCACGGGUGGCGCAUCUAGUGUGGGAAGUAAUGCUAUUCAGCUUGCAGUAUCGGCAGGGUACCAGGUCUACUCGACAGCAUCACCUAAGAAUUUUGCAUAUGUCUCGAGGCUGGGCGCUAUACGCGUUUUUGAUUACCAUAGUACUACUUGGGUUGACGAUUUAGUUUUGGAACUGUACUAAGGUGAUAUGCCAAUGUGACAAAGUCGAGAAGAAGCUCGUUGCUUAUGCUGGGUCUUUGAUACCCUUGGAUAACUUCACCUCCACUACAAGCACCGUGAGGUUUCUAGGGUCAAUGAUGCUUCAACUUGGCCAGAGAGCCCUAGUAUCAUCUUAUACAGGGGUGCGUACCAAAUUUAUCGUGGCUGAAGACAUAUGCGAGCCGGAUAAUGUCGCCAGUCGUUUGGUGUUUCGAGAUUUCCUUCCACGCGCACUGGCAUCUGGACAGCUGGUGCCUGCUCCGGAGCCUCUUGUGAUAGGAAAGGGGUUGGAGGUGAUCCAAGAAGGGAUGGAGCUUCAGAAGAAAGGGGUAUCAGCACAGAAGAUUGUAGUGUCGUUGUAACGCGACUGGUUUUAUUUUCUUCACCUUUAGUAUGAUCAGCGAGACUAUUCCUAUUAGAUAAAUUGUUUAUAUCUCUACCAUUAAAUGAAUACUC